ACUAUUCCAAAUGGUUUCAAUGCUGCAACCUGCAUUGCAUUUUGCACUUGUGCUUUUCAAGAUCAGCAAGAUUCGAUCUCAAUCCGCGGAUCAGUUGUUGGACAGUUUUGGCGCGAAAAGCUGGUUGCAUUGCGAAAAUACUGAAAAGUACUUACACAAAUGAAGGGGACUUACAUAUGUUUGCUGAUAGCUGGACUGAACUCGAGAAGCUUGCAGUGAAAAGUUGUAUUUCCUGGAGGUUGCAAUGAGUAAAGCGUGCUGUAGAUGUGGUGCUGCCCAAAACUCUGGCUCUCAUUGCCUCAGAGAUGCUGUGGGCCACUGUUUUUGCUGCCACAAGCCACCGCCGAUGAAGUGCAUCCAUUGUGGCGUCCUCGGAGACAUUCCUCUUGAAGAGAGCCACGGAACUUGCGUCUAUGGAAACGCCCACUUCUACAUAUACUCGGAACAGUGGCCUCCGUUCCCGUCCAACGAAGCUGAAACGAUCCCCCACACCAAUACGCCCGAUCCAGGCGAAUCCGGAGACCACACUCUGUGCAUCACGGAUCCCAGGACUCUGGAGGACGAAACCAUUGAAGUUGCGGACGAUCCCCAGGAAGCGGCCGAAAACGAUGGGGAGGACGACGAUGUGCAGGUCGAAAGAAAGCCUUCGACGCUCCGCUGGGUGACCACUGAAGAGAUCCGCGCUUGGAAACAGUGUCCGCGUUGUCGAAGGCAUCGCACUACAAAUGUUGGCUGGAUCAAACAUGCCCAGAAAUGCGCUCAGGACCCCGCGUACAAGCGACCCAUGUUUUUUAUCUACACUCACACAAAGGGUUGGUGCAACUAUCUGGUUAGGAACUCCUCUUGGGAUCGCCACAGUACUGGCAAGUGCACACCCUGCUCCGCAUGGCGGCGUGAGGGACACCCCAUGCCCUUCAUGCCAGUUCCACCACCCAGGCCGAAUGAAGACCACUUGACCAAGAUGCGGCGCCAGCGGGCUGCCCUUAAAAGGAAGAUGGAGAGAGAACGACGCAAAAGAACUAAUGGAGCCAACGCAGCACAAAUCUCGCCUGGAUUAAACAUGUCCAGAAAUGAGCACAGAACGCCACGUACCCCAACAGGCCCAAAUGCUUUCUCUACACCCACAGGAAAUGAAUCGACUAUCUGGUUGGGCACUAACAUUAUGAGAACCACAGCAAUGCGAUUGUUGUCCACCGACGUUAGGGAUUAAAAGAAAGAAGGCAGAAUGGUCUACCCUCAGAAGGAAAAUGUGGGGAACAAACGCCUCUGAAGAUCCAACUUCACACUGUAAUAUGUAAGCUUUUUAUACUUUUGAUAAUGAUUUUUUAUUCCCGCCUUUCUGUACACAUAUUGAUUUCUUUUGUUAUGUCUUAUGCGGAAUGUUUAACUUUCUCGUUUAUGAAGAUUUUGUACAUAAAAUUUGUAUCUUAUAGAAUGUUGUUUUUACAAAGUAAAUAAAUGUUAUCGCGAUCACA